GAAUUUAUUCAGUAUAAGUGAAUUGUCUCAAGCUAUUUCAUACAAGUUGGAUAGGUGAUACCGGAGCGUUUCCAAACAAUAUGGAUUUACAUAUGGAUCUCCGAAUGGGAUUGCGUUACAGGAAGGCAAUGCAUGUGUCAAUUCUUGUGGGUGCAUGUUUGGCAAUGUUUUUACCACGGGCAUUUGGAGGUACAAAUUAUACCGUAACCGUAGGCCAAAACGCAACGAAACCACAAACGCCUAUUAAAAUAGCAAUACUAUUACCAAAUCGGGAUCGACGAUUGUUUUCAAUACAUCGUGUAUCGCCUGCAAUUUCCUACGCAAUAGAGACCGUGGAAAAACGACGGCUUAUUCCCUCCGUGAAGCUAUCGGUGAAAUACGCAGAUUCAUGGUGUGAUAUCGCGCUUUCUAUGAACGAGGCAAUUAACUUCUACAUGCAGAAGGAAGUGAAUCUUUUCCUGGGCCCGACCUGUGAUUACGCCGCAGCGCCUGUGGCACGACAGAGCAAGUUUUGGAAAGUGCCCAUGGUAACCGCAGGUGCCAUGCAUCGCGAUUUCGGCAUCAACAAAGUCUUCAGGUACACCUACCUGACACGAAUUGGACACAAUAUAGGAUCUCUCGGAGGCUUCUUGGUUUCGGUUUUAACCAAGUUUGAUUGGAGUAAAAUUUUGCUUGCUUACGACCCCAAAGGUCACCAAGAUAUAAUGCACCAGUACUGCCAUAUUACCAUGGAUGGCUUGCAUUACGCUCUGAAGGAGGGCUAUUCCGAAUUGAACAUUAUUCCGGACUACUCAAAGUUUGACAAACUUUCGGAUAUUACUGACAGGAUGCCCAAAGUGAUUGGCAACGAAUACGGUGUUGUUGUGCUAUGUGCCUCUCCGAACUCUGUGCGAGAGAUCAUGCUCAAAGCCGAGGAACUCAAAUUUGACAAUGGAGAAUACGUCUUCUUUAACAUCGACUUGUUCGGGAGCAAAAACCAGAGCGAGUUUCCCUGGUACCGGCCCGAAGAUCCUCCGGAAAGGAACGAGAGGGCCCGAAAGGCGUACGAGGCGUUGAUGACGGUGACGCUCCGGAAACCGACGAGUCCCGAGUAUCACCGAUUCUCAGAAGAAGUCAAGAAAAGAGCCAGGAUGAAAUAUGCUAAUUUUACGUACGGGGAAGAGGAGGUCAACAGUUUCGUUGGUGCUUUCCACGAUGCCGUCAUCCUUUACGCUCUCGCUCUCAACGAGACUCUCGAGGCUAACGGGAAUAUCACAAACGGCGUGGAGAUUACAAAGCGAAUGUGGAACAGAACUUUUAACGGAAUAACAGGGACUGUCAGUAUUGAUGCAAACGGUGACAGAAAUGCAGAUUACUCCCUACUGGAUCUCAACCCAUCAACAGGAAAGUUUGAGGUUGUUGCAAAUUACUACGGCAACAAGAAAAUCUACGAACCAGUGCCCAAUAAACGGAUAUACUGGGCGGGUGGUCGUGAUUCCCCUCCCUCGGAUACACCAAAGUGUGGAUUUGAUGGGUCAAAAUGCCCACCAGACAAGCCUUUCCCAGAAUACGGGAUCGUCAUCAUUGUUCUCGGGUCAUUACUGGUCAUUGUCCUUGUCGCGGCUUUCUUUAUAUACAGACACAUCAAGUUGGAAGCCGAGUUAGCGGAGAUGAACUGGCGGGUAAGAUGGGAGGAUAUAAUGUUCGGAACGAUGGAAAAGCGGAAACUAGAGCGCCAAGGGAGCAGGAUGAGUCUGAACCGGCGGUACUCUGUAGCCAGCUCAAUAUCAGGGGAUACCAUAGCGGUCCAUCUCAGUGACGUGGGCAAUAAACAACUUUUUACCAAAACCGGGUAUUUUAAGGGAACGAUCGUCGCCAUCAAGAGAAUCAACAGGACCAGUUUCAACAUCAACAAGCCGUUACUAAUGGAGAUAAAACGGAUUAAGGAUUUACAGAACGACCACCUGUGUCGGUUUAUAGGAGCCAAUAUCGACCCACCAAACCAAUGCGUUUUGACCGAAUACUGCCAGAAAGGUAGUUUACAGGAUGUUUUGGAAAAUGAACAGAUAAAGUUGGAUUGGAUGUUCCGAUACUCUCUUAUGCAGGACAUCGUUAGGGGUAUGGCUUACCUCCACAGCAGUGAAGUGAGAAGUCACGGCAAUCUGAAGAGUACGAAUUGUGUGGUGGACAGCCGGUUUGUGCUGAAAAUCACUGACUUCGGCCUCCAUUCUAUCCGUGACUUUGACGACGACUCCGAUAUGAAUACAUUUGCAUAUUAUAACAGUAAACUGUGGACUUCACCAGAGCUACUGCGCAUGCACAAUCGGCCACCAGAGGGCACUCAGAAAGGGGACGUCUACAGUUUCGCCAUCAUCUGUCAGGAGAUUGUUUACAGAUGUGGUGUCUUUUAUUUAGAAUACAGCGACCUGGGGCCUCAAGAUGUGUACCAGAAAGUGAAAAACGGAGUGAAGCCCUAUUUCCGGCCCACCAUGAAGGACGAUGAUUGUCCGUCGGACGAUUUGGCGGGGAUCAUACGGAGGUGCUGGGCGGAGGACCCCAUGGAACGGCCUGAUUUCCAGUCGCUCAAGUCCAUCAUACGGAAACUAAACAAGGAUGGAGACAAGGGUAACAUACUCGACAACCUACUGUCCCGGAUGGAGCAGUACGCCAACAACCUGGAGGCGCUGGUGGAGGAGAGAACUGCCGACUACCUCGAGCAGAAGAAAAAGGCAGAGGAUCUGCUUUAUAGUAUGCUGCCCAAACCUGUGGCCAGACAGCUGAUUGCUGGAGAAUCGGUGACGGCGGAGACGUUUGACCACGUGACCAUAUAUUUCAGUGAUAUCUGCGGCUUUACGGCGAUGUCGUCAGAGAGCACGCCCAUGCAGGUUGUCGAUUUGCUUAACGAUCUGUACACAGCAUUUGACUCAAUUAUAGAGAAUUUUGAUAUAUACAAGGUGGAGACAAUAGGCGACGCGUAUAUGGUGGCUUCCGGUUUACCAGUGAAAAACGGAAACCUUCACGCUCGUGAAAUCGCCCGGAUGUCAUUGGCCCUGUUGAACUGUGUUCGAUCUUUUAAGAUACGUCAUAAACCUAACGACCAAUUAAAACUGCGUAUAGGAAUUCACACGGGUUCCGUGUGCGCAGGUGUGGUUGGUCUGAAGAUGCCAAGGUACUGCCUAUUUGGGGACACAGUGAACACGGCAUCAAGAAUGGAGUCUAAUGGACAGCCUCUUCGUAUACAUGUCUCCCCGGACACUAAGGCUGUGUUGGACGACUUCGGUACUUUCCGGUUGGAGCUCAGGGGCCCAGUUGAAAUGAAGGGAAAAGGUGUUGUGACAACGUAUUGGUUAGAGGGAGAAAGCCCCUCCCCUGGGAAUGACGUCAAAGCCAACAAGUUAUGAUGUCAUUCAAGUGAUGAUUGUUUUUCCCGCAUGAUGGACUCGUCUCAGAACGACAUA